AUGUUCACCCCAAAUCCCAUCAUCGAACACUUCAAUACGGAUGCCGCAGUUUACGAAUCUCGCACAGGUGGCUGCACGCGUGAGCUGGCAGAGCAUUGUAUUGGUCUCGCCGAGGACAUCAAGCCAAUAGAUGACAAAUCGAACGCCUCGACUGUUCAGCCAGAAAUUCAUGCUGUCGAUGGCCCCGAGAACAUGGUUCGCAUCAGGGCAGAGAGGAUUCCUUCUGGCACCAAAGCCCACACCGCGACAAUGAUGGGAGAGGAGCUAGCCUUCCCUGACGGCACCUUCAGCCACUCGUUCACCAACAUGGGCUUGAUGUUCUUCGCCGACCCGGCCAAAGGAGCCAAGGAGAUCUGGCGCACGUUGCAGCCCGGCGGGGUUGCCGUCGUCACCACCUGGACAGCACCCCGAAACGUCAACGUCAUCCGCGAUGUGCAGAUGCAGAUCAAGCCCGAGGACCCGCCCUUCCAGGUCCCAGUGUUCCGGGACAUUCAGGUCAGUGAGGUCGAGGUCCACUUCGGCGCAGAAACAGCCGAGGUUGUGGCGGACAUCUUGAUGAAGGGGAUGGGCGCGAUGGUGUUUGCUGCAUGGACGGAUGACGAGAAAAAGAAGGCGCGCAAACUGACAGUGGAUGCUGUGAACAAGGUCAGGGUAUCUUUCACGAGGGGAGGCGGUCAGGGUGUUAGGAUACAGCUCAGGGCGGGUACUAUUAUUGGACAAAAGGAGUGA